UUGAGAGAAAGUAUCUAUAAUAUGUGACUACAGAGAUGCCUCGUCGUCGACCGGAAUAAACAAAAAAGAAAGAAAAGAAAAAGUCAGAAAUUAAAGGAUGGGAAUCGCGGAGGAGGCACAAAAUGUGAAGGUUAUCGGCGGCGGCCAGCAGACGGUGGUUCUAGGGCAUGGAUUCGGAACCGAUCAAUCGGUGUGGAAACACUUGAUUCCGCAUCUAGUCGAUGAUUACAAGGUGGUUUUGUACGAUAAUAUGGGCGCCGGAACUACCAAUCCUGAUUAUUUCGAUUUCGAGCGGUACAGAACUCUCGAAGGCUUCGCCUAUGAUCUCCUCGCCAUUUUGGAAGAACUUCAUAUCGAAUCGUGUGUGUUCGUCGGCCACUCUGUUUCCGCCAUGAUCGGCGCCGUCGCUUCCAUCACUCGCCCCGACCUCUUCCAGAAGAUUGUUAUGAUCUCUCCCUCGCCGAGGUACUUGAACGACGAAAACUACUUUGGAGGUUUUGAGCAAGAAGAUCUAGAGCAAUUAUUCCAAGCAAUGCAGUCGAACUACAAGGCUUGGUGCUCAGGCUUCGCCCCGCUAGCCGUCGGUGGCGACAUGGAGUCCGUAGCAGUUCAAGAGUUUAGUCGAACACUGUUCAACAUGCGGCCGGACAUAGCGUUGAGUGUGGCACAAACCAUCUUCCAAAGUGACAUGAGAAGCAUACUCAGCUUCGUUACAGUUCCCUGCCAUAUCAUUCAAAGCAUGAAGGACAUGGCGGUCCCGGUGGUCGUUUCAGAGUACCUCCACCGCAACCUCGGCGGCUACUCAAUCGUCGAGGUCAUGGAGUCGGAUGGGCACUUGCCUCAGCUUAGCUCCCCUGAUAUUGUGAUUCCAGUGGUUCUUAAGCAUAUUAAGUAUGACAUUGCAGCCUAGUUUCGUUGUGUUGUAUAUAUUAUGUUUUUAUUUUCUUUCAUCCAUGAUUUGUUAGGAAUGGAUGUCUGGGAUACUCUACUCCAUGUCACUUCCUUCUUCUGCCAAUAAACCUCGUUUGAUAAUUAUUUUGUUUUUUGUUUUUUGUUUUUUGAAAAUUAAGCUCAUUUUCG